AGUGAGGAAAAUCAUCAUCAUCGGUCCCGCUAGUGUGCUAAUCGGUCCUGACUGUUUUUGUAUAUUUUUGGACGUCCAAGAGUGUUGAUAUGUUAUUUUAUCGUUGGAACCCGUCGCUGCAAUAGCAAAAUCUGCUGCUCGCUCGUGCUCUCGUUUUGCCGCCGCCUGUUUGUGCCCAAUUUUGCACCACAGAACAUCGUCCUCAGUCAGCCAGCAGAGCCACUAGUCAGUGUCGGCGCCGCACCGGUGGUGGAUGUGUUUUUUGUUAUUUAUGAUAAUAAAGUGAAAUUUUGAUUGAAAACAAUGUCGGUGUGAUAUGUACCUUCGACCGUCUAGCCUUUUUCGUAAAUGGUCCGGGGUUUUUAUUAUUAUUGGAAGCAAGACGAUUAGUGACAGUGUGUGAGUGGACUCGAACGUGGAGAAAACCAGUUUAGCGGCAUAAAAACAUCUGCAAAAAACUUGUUGUGGUAGAUAAUAUUGUUGUGAAUAACAAAUUUAGCUGUUUAAACUACAAACAAACAGCAAGUGAUCCGGUGGAGACACGAGACCACCUCAUCGAUAAGACCUGAGUGUUUGGACAGUGUAACGAAGAUGCAUACUUUGUUUACGGAUCAAAAUACUUUCUCGCGGCACUAUGGGCACGUACAGCCAGGAUACCCGACAAACACUGGAACCAUGGCACCGGCCCAUCACUACCCGUACGAUCAAUACUCGAGAUAUCCGUACGCCGGGUCGGCAUAUGCCCUCACGGCGGCCCACCAAAACAAGGAAAUGGUAAAGCCGCCGUACUCCUACAUUGCUCUAAUUGCAAUGGCUAUACGGGACGCAGCUGAUAAGAAGAUCACUCUGAAUGGGAUUUAUCAGUACAUCAUGGAGCGUUUUCCGUAUUACCGGGAUAAUAAGCAAGGUUGGCAGAACUCUAUUCGUCAUAAUCUUAGUUUGAACGAAUGUUUUGUGAAGGUGCCUCGUGACGAUAAGAAGCCAGGUAAGGGAAGCUACUGGACGUUGGAUCCCGACUCUUACAACAUGUUUGAUAAUGGAUCUUAUCUUCGUCGUCGGCGGCGCUUCAAGAAAAAGGAUGCGCUCAGGGAGAAAGAAGAAAUGAUGAAGCGUCAAAGUAUGAUGCUUGAAGACAAGAUUAGUGAUUUGAAACCUUUGAAAAUGAUGGGCGGUUCUCAUUUAGACGGCAAACAACUUAGUCAUCAGUUUAAACGGGAACCUGGUCUUGAUCUCGCAACUCAAUGCAUGGUAAAGGAUGGUCUGACUCCUACCAUUCUGAAUUCCUGUCACGAUACUCUUGCCACCCAAAUGAACCAUCUUUCUACGGGCGAACACGGUUUUACGGUGGAUUCUUUGAUGAACGUUUACAACCCGCGACUUCAUCACACAUCCUAUCCGUACCACUUCAACGAGGAUCAGUUGGUUACGACAUCAUCGCAGUUCCGUCACCAGCACAGCUCCGCUCAUCAUCCGCCUCCGCAUGGUGGUUGGUACACUCCGGAGACACCACCGGAAUCGAUCGGUAAUACCUCCGGGGGCAGUUCGUCGACUCCAACCAUUCCCACCUCGACGCAUCAUUCGUCCGGCUUUCGGGAUAUGGUGUUCGAGCAUAGCCAAACCAACUGCCAGCUGGAUACGGGCAGUCCCAGUAACAGCAUAACCUCCGCCAGCCCACCAGUGAUUCCGGGUACGACAAGCAGUUCCGCAGUAGCUGCAGCCGCCGUGGCAGCCGGGCAUCUGACCGCCGGAAACCUGAGCCAUCUAGGACACUAUCGGUCACACGUCGGCUACUACCAGGAUUGUGGUAUCAAGUACGUGUAAAGGUAUCCGGGGCUUCAGGCUAUGGGUUAUUCAAUUCGACUCUCACGCUAGGUGCUCUCUUGCUGAAGUGCGCUCGAAAGCAUCAAUCAUCUUUCGACGAUUUCUUGUUGUAGAGAGACCAUAUGCGCUCUUCAUCUCGAGAAGCUUCUUCGCCGAAAAUGAGUGCUGGUUGGCCUUGAAAAAUGUUUUACAGUCGUGCUUCUAUAUGGGAGUUUCCCUGCUGUACUGCGUCCAACAGGGCCCCAAAACCGGUUAGACAAUUUUUCCUUACUUCAUUCGCUAUUAACAUCAAUACCGGACCCUAUUGCAGAAAAGUUUCCAGAUAAAUUAGCUUCAUUAUUCAGGCAAGAGAGCACUUCCUGAGGAGAUCUGAACCCGGCGAAGAAAGUGAGUAAAAUUUAUGCGAAAUCCAAUGACUGACGUGCUGAUUUAAUUUAUUUCCAAUUUCCGUUCGUAACAUUAAGAACUUGUAAUUGAGCAUCUCAUUCCUGAAUUUCAGUUUUUUUUUAAAUGAUACACAAAACGAAGAGAUACGGUAUACAAAUAGCAAUUUGUAAAAUUCGUUAUAGUUGUUCAAACUUUGACAUUUUAUUGGACUUUGUAAAUGUUACAUACAUUUCCGAAAUAGGAAAUACCAGCGUAAGAAAUACGUUUUCUUGAAACAAAUUAUUAAACACCUUGUACAUAGUAAAAAGUAAGUCACUUCGUAAACGAUAAUGUCGAAUUGAUCGCCAAAAAAAACCAUGACAAACCAGCUUAUCUCUGUGUGUGCGUGUAUAAAAAUAUCACUAUAAAAAGCAACCACUUGAAUUUCGAAAUCAUCAGCAGAGCAGAUCAGAGCGAGAGCAAACAAUAGCGGUUAGGUAAACGUGCAAAUAUGAUUUUCGAACCAUAGCAAACAAGAUUAAACUGUUAGGCAAACGAUGUGAUGUAUCAUAACGAAACUGUGAGUUUACGCGUAUGAAGAUGCACGAAUGUGUCAGUGUGAGUUCCGUCGGCGCCUCGCAACUGUGAUUGAGUUCCAAAUAGAGUCGGGAAAAUCCGUAGCGAAUCUUUUGUUUCUUUACUUUAUCCAGCUAGAUCUGAAUUUCCAUUUUGUUUAUGCUUUAUAACUUUUGACGGUUUGUCGAAAACCGAACAGAUGCACGACCGGAAUCGAGUUUGUAUAUUGAAGGUGAGCAAAAAGGUUCAGAGAUCCAUAGGGAGAGGCAGAUAUAAUGCCAAUACUGAAAAUUUGUGGAAAAAAUGAGGAUAGGCUAAUUAUUCUACUGUGUAUAAUAUUUAUAAAUUAGAUGAACAGGACACGGUUAUUCUUUUUAAAUUAAUAUACGUGCAUUGCAGGAUAGUGUAUUAUAAAACUAGUAUUUAACAAUAGAUUCAAAUUAUUAUCAUAAUACGACACCGGUGAAAAUGAAAACAUGAAU